GCGGUAGUCAAGGUCACGUGGAAAGCUAGUCACGGGGUUUUCUUUGUUCUGCGUAGCCACGGCCGACGUCAAAUUGCCGGAUUGGGAAGUGGAGCAAUUGGAAUCAACCUAGAUUUAACGACGUGAAUAUCAAGCUUUCGAUUGUUGUGCAUUGUCUAUUGAUCUCAUUACUGGACAAGGCUCCAGAUACAAGCACCUCUAUUCUAUUCUAUUGUUCUUGUCCUACAAUACUGAGUGUUUGGAAAAGUCACCUUUUCUUUUCCAUUCUUCAUUAAUUUUGAGGCUGAAACUCUGAUAAAGCUCAGAAGACUGACUACCUGCUUUUGUCCGCCAUCAAGAUAUCUGGAGACUGGAGGAGCACAAUCGUGGACCAACACGCUUUGCUGCUGUUUUGAAAUACCAUAUAUAACAGCUUCGGUUUGCCGGAUUCAAAACUCCCACAUGAGAUACCAGUACUCCUCCAGGUCGUGCGGGGCUAUCAGCGUGGUUUGAAGUUCUUCCAUUGUUCUGCGCAAAGGAGACUGUGAGGCUCAAUUCAUCUAUCAACUCUCCUCCCAUUUGACUUAUUCCUCUACGACCUUCCAAUUCUUACUCUCUAGUUUAUCCAUCAAAUCCAAUCAAACAACAUAUAUAAGUCCUUGCAUCUCGCGAAGCAAGACCACCAAACAGCGCGCAAAAUGAGCAAAUAUUCCACCCCAACCUGGGCUUCUAUAACCCCGAUCCCGCUCGACGAUGGGUCAACUUACUAUGACAAUAAUGACCCAGAGCGGCAAGGAAAAGGCGUGAGUGGGAAUGGGACGUACCCGCUCGCCACAAUUGCCUACGCGCCCGAGUACGAAGAGGCAACCUCGUACCUGAGGGCGGUUAUGGCGGCAAAUGAGAUGUCCGAGCGGGCGCUGGAGUUGACGGGGGAUGUGAUUUUGAUGAAUCCGGCGCAUUAUACCGUCUGGUUAUAUAGAGCUAAGAUUCUCGUGGCGUUGAAGAAGGAUCUCAAUGAGGAGAUUGAGUGGGUUAAUAAACUCGCAUUACAGUGUUUAAAGAAUUAUCAAAUAUGGCACCACCGCCAACUUAUCAUGUCCAACUUGGAAGCAUUUCCGACGCUCCCAGGUACCGAACAGCAAUUCCUCAUGCAGGUGUUCGCCUUGGACUCUAAAAACUACCAUGUCUGGACAUACCGCCACUGGCUUGUCCGCCACUUCAAACUCUGGGACCACCCGCAGGAACUUGCGGACGUCGAAACACUGAUCGACCAAGACGUUCGCAACAACUCUGCUUGGAACCACCGGUGGACCCUAAAAUUCGGUCCGCGGGGCGACGUCGAUAGCGGCAUGCCAGUAGGUGUCGUCGACAAGCACGGCCCCAAGGGAAGCCUCGACGUGGUGGAUGAAGAGCUCAUCGACGCUGAACUCGAGUAUGCCAAGGACAAAAUCCUUCUUGCGCCAGAAAACAAGAGCCCCUGGGCCUAUGCACGUGGAGUGUUGCGGGCUGCUGGUAGGCCGUUAGCGGAGCUUAAGGGGUUUGCGGCGAAGUUUAUUUUGGAAGAGGUAGAUAGCGAGGGGUCUGUUGUUAAGUGUCAGGUUAAGAGCAGUUUAGCUGUGGAGUGGUUGGCGGAUGUAUAUGUCGAGGAAGCGGAAGAAAAGGACGCGGAGGAAGAGAAGGCGAGGAAGGCCGAAGCGGUUAGGAUGCUUACACUGUUGAAGGAUAAGUAUGACCCGAUCCGCAAGAAUUAUUGGGAUUAUCGCAUUCGCAUGCUGGAUGGGGAGUCUGUGGCAGUCGCUUGAGAUGACUCUGUUGUAGGAUGCAGCUUCGGAUAUUUGACAUACAUCUGGAUGUGUCCAGGGAAGCUAGGUUUGUUUUCGAUAACGACUGUUGUCAAUAAGCGAUCCCACUACAUUGCAACUAAGGUAUGCGAACAAAAUGACAUAUUAUGACAGGGAGAUAUGAAAAAUCAAAUUAAAUAAACUGGCUCAUUCACAUUGGGUCGAGGCCUGGGUUAUUUGCAACAUUUCUGUAUUCUAUCCUGGGGGCUCUCUGCCCAAAAGAGUUGCACUCGAUUUUCUUCUCUGAACUAAAACGUAAAGCCAAAGCAAAACAGAUACGCCGUUUAUACUCCCUGAUGCCUAGUUCCCAGUGCUAAGACCUUUACAUUCAAAAAAGCAAAAGAAAAGAGACGGGGAAAAAAAGUGAAUUCACCCACUCUCCGACCCCCAUCCAUUAUUCAGCCGCUCCCUAUAUUCUGCGGCCACCUCAACGGUAAUAUUACUUCCCCCGCAAACAAUGACAACGACACGGCUCUCAGGCCCGAAUCCCGGAAUAACCUGCGCGAGUUUAGAUGAUAGAGCACCACCACCCACAGGUCCUCCAUUGGCAUGACCAUUCACCCCCUGAUUUGUCGCAACCGGCACAAUGCCCUCCACACACAACCCACAAGCCAGCUCAACCAGCAAACGAUGCUCAUCAACAAGUCUCAAAACCCCUCUCGCCGCGUCCGCAUCAUCCAUAACAAAGCUGUGCGCUUUCAUCCCCUCAGGCGGGUACAGGACAUUCUUUAACGUUCGCUCCGCAACCUGGAUAGCCGCCAGCGACGUGGCCUGGGAGGAAACAGCCGGCAAGGUAACGAGCGAGCGCUUCUCGACCGCUUUCGCAAGGGACUCAGCCCCCCUCGUCUCCAGCGCGAGGAUAUGCACGUCCUUCCCACGACUGGGAUCAACAACGCCGCGAUCCUCCGCCCGGCGCAACUCCCGCUCAAUCCCCAGCAUGAUGCCAUUCAUCAACCCGCCCCCACCAACACUGCAUACAAUCCCGUCGACGGGGAAGGGCCGUCCGCCGCCGCCCACCGCAUCCCCGUCGUCCUCCGGCGGCAUCUGCGCCGCCAACUCCUCCACCAGCGAACUCACCCCCUCCCACGCCGCCUCAUGGUCAAACGGAUGCAACUCAACCGCCACAACCUCGCGCCCGUCAUCGCCGAUAGCACCGCGCAUCUGGCCCAUGAGCACAUUGCGCAUGUACGUCGCGGCGGCGUCGAUGGUAUCGCCGUGCGGUACGGUAAUGGCGCCCGCGGCCUGCAGGCGCUGCAGCAUCAUUUGCUUAGUGUAGACGGGGACGACGACUGUGCAAGGAUACCCGAGGGCGCGGGCGGCGGUGACCGCGGCGAUGCCCGCGUUUCCGCCGGAGGGGAUGAAGAAGUGGAGGUUUUUGUUCUGGUUGGCGGGGCGCGAGAGGUGAUGGAGGAUUAGGUUGCCCAUUGCGCUGAAGAUAUGGGUGUCAGUACUGUACAUAUGUAUGGGGUGGGGGAAUAUGUGUUGGGUGGCUCAUGAGCUACUACUGACCGUGAUUUGAAGGAACCGCCUGGCUGCAUGUUUUCGAGCUUGAGGAAUAUGCGGCUGGCAUUUGUUAGUAUUGAGAACCCCGUUCAUAAAUUAGAAGUGUUGUCGGGAUUGCGAGUAGGGUGGGCUUACCAUCCUGCCAGCUUUGACAGUGGCUCGGAUUCAAUCAGGGGUGUUUCCCUCCAUGGUUUUGGUUGUGAUUUUGGGUCCAAUACCCUAGACCUGGAGUGGAAUUCUUCAUGGAUUGGUUCCCCGUAGCUUCCCAUCUUGAGGAUAGGUAGGUAUGUGGUUGAUUUGCUCGGUUUGCUCGUUGCAAAAUACGAGCUUUUCUAGCAGAUGGAUAGGAGAGAUGUAGGAUAUAUCUAUAUCUAUAAAUGAUGUAUGGGACGAUGACGAUGAGUCAGGUAUCACAGGUCGUAAAGUAUAUUUUAUUUCUCAAAGUUUAAAAUGAAAAAAUGGGAGCCUUGGAAAGGACUAUAGAUAUAGGAUGGGGGAUUGAUGGUAUGUAUCUCUUUUGGUCUUAGCUCGGAUGUUGUAGGCGUCCUUUUUUACCUUCUCCGAAUCCGGGAACAAGGCGAAGAUCGUGACAAAACUAGGGACCGAAUCUGACUGGACACAUCCCGCAGCAGGUACUCCUGGAUUUAUUUAUAGUCCGAUCUCUUUUCGUAUCUUCUUUUGCCUUCACUGGGGAUUGAGUUUCCCGUUUUUCGCCUGAGCGUUGCAUCCACCUGAUCCCCAUAUAGUCACUUUCCCACUCUAGAUGUUUUAAAUCCCCCCGUCCCCCCCCCCCCCGGGGGGGCAAAUAAAGUAGCUAGAAAACAGGGCAGAGGACCCUAGAAGUACAUGUACAUACAUCCCUCCCCUGUUUAUUUUCACUCCCUAUGCAUCAUAUAUUCCCUUUUAAUAUAAGAUUUUCUCUCAUCUAAUCUAACAGCAGCAUUGUUGACAGAACAGAGGAUGGUAUUCCGCACAAUUGCGACGCAAAUGGAUGUAGGUAUAGUUACUUGGUGGCUUCUCUCAUUCAUCACUUGUAUGUAUGUACAGUCCAUGUACAGAGUCAAGUCCGGUACAGAGUCCGGGCGGAGGUUGUGAGAAAUUCCCCUAUUCACGUACAUAUCGUACAGUAACUACAUGUACAGUACUACCACCCGCAUAUCCAAGACAUCAUGAUGACGUGCGAGUGGGUAUUUUACUAGUUACUGUACUGCGUAUGCUACUUUACUUGAGAGCGACAUCUCUUGCUGUGCUGUGGCAUUAUUAUUGUAAUUGUCCUUUCCCUGUUGAGGCAGAACUUCCCCAGCGAAACAAAGAACAUCGCGGGCAACCCAA